AUGAUGGACAGAACUGCCCUUUUGACACUCUGCUGCCUGUUGCUGCCGGCAACAUCCUCCCCGAUCUAUCCAUCACUGAGGUUUGGUCAGAGAGCGGCUGAAAUACCGAUGACCUCCUCCAUUGAUGAUCCAAUGCAUCUGCAGACAGACACUUCUUUUAGGUCUGGAAGACAUGCCGAUGCCAUCUUUACCAACAGCUACCGAAAAGUUCUCGGUCAAAUAUCUGCAAGAAAAUUCCUUCAGACUGUUAUGGGCAAAAGACUUGGACCAGAAACUAAAAUUGUAAAACGCCAGCCUGGAGUGUAUGGAGACACCUACAAGCAAGAAAUGGAUAUGGACGUCAUUCAGAGGGAACAAAGUUACAGAGAGCCACAAACAGUUAAAAAAACACUGCAAGUUCUCAGUAGUUAUUUACCAAUUGAACUGAUCCGAAAACUGUGA